AUGGGCUGGUUCGGCCACAACCACAUGCCCGUCGAGGGCAGGACAAUCCUUAUGACCGGCGGUUCUGAAGGCACCGGUCUCUGCGUAGCACGCAUAUUUGCGAGCAAAGGGGCGAAUAUAAUCAUUGUCUCUAGGAAUGAGCCAAAGCUCGAAGAAGCUAUCAACAGUAUCAAGACCACAGCGAAAUUGCCCGAGACACAGCGCUUCCACACCAUUUCAGCAGACGUCGCCGAGUCCGGAUAUGCGGAGCGCGUUGUGACGGAUGCAACCGCCUGGAAUAACGGGCAACCGCCUGAGAUUGUGUGGUGUCUGGCGGGUCUCUCGACUCCCAUGCUGUGGACUGACGAAGGGGCCAUGAAAGCUGCCCACAACAACAUGGAUGUCAACUACUUUGGUACGGCCGAGAUGUCCCAUGCCAUUAUGCGUGCCUGGCUUCAGCCCAGCCAAGGAGCGAAGAAAACCUCAGCCGAGAAAGUCCGGCCCGCCUCCGCUAAACAUAUCAUCUUCACUGGCUCUGUUCUCUCCACUUUCUCCUUGGCCGGCUAUGGCACCUACGCCCCAUCCAAGUUCGCCCUCCGCGCCCUCGCCGACAUCCUUGUCAUGGAGGUCCGCCUGUACCCCGAUGUCCCUAUCGACGUGCACCUCAUCCUGCCCAACUCAAUCACCACUGCCGGCUACGAGCGCGAGAAUGCGACCAAGCCGAAAAUCACACAGCAGAUUGAGGGAGCCGACAAGCCCCAGAGCCCGGAGGAGGUCGCCCAAAUAUCCGUUGACGGCCUCGAGAACGGUCGUUACUUCAUCUCGACGUCAUUCGUGGGCGGCCUAAUGCGGUGGGGUACCAUGGGUAACUCACCCAGGGACAACUGGUUCGUUGAUACGUUGAUGGCCUGGAUCUCGCCCUUGAUAAUGGCAUUUGUUAUGUGGGAUAUGAACAGUCAGGUUUCGGCGUGGGCGAAGAGAAACACUGAUAGGGAGGGUUUGUCUUCUCAUACUAAGUAA